GCUCCAGCCACCCAAUGGGCUGGUGCUGCGCGGCGGCGGGGCCCGUCACUUCCUGGCCCUGCAGCCGGCGGCAGCGAGGCGAGAGCCGGGGCCGGGGGCGGCGGGGCCCGCAGCCUGCCCGGCGCUCGCCACCAACAUGCCCUUUGACUUCAGGAGGUUUGACAUCUACAGGAAGGUGCCAAAAGACCUUACACAGCCAACCUACACAGGGGCUAUUAUCUCUGUCUGCUGCUGUCUCUUUAUACUCUUUCUCUUCCUGUCUGAGCUCACCGGAUUCAUAGCCACUGAAAUAGUUAACGAGCUCUAUGUGGAUGACCCAGACAAAGACAGUGGAGGUAAAAUAGAAGUGAAUCUAAACAUCAGUUUGCCAAACCUGCAUUGUGAAUUAGUUGGGCUAGACAUCCAAGAUGAAAUGGGAAGGCACGAAGUGGGUCAUAUUGACAACUCAAUGAAGAUACCUCUCAAUAAUGGGGAUGGCUGCAGGUUUGAGGGCCAUUUCAGCAUCAACAAGGUCCCUGGUAACUUUCACGUGUCAACGCACAGUGCCACUGCACAGCCUCAGAAUCCUGACAUGACUCACGUCAUCCAUAAACUCUCAUUUGGGGACAAGUUACAGGUCCAUAACGUUCAUGGAGCAUUCAAUGCCUUGGAGGGAGCAGACAAACUCAGCUCAAAUCCUCUUGCAUCUCAUGAUUAUAUAUUGAAGAUAGUCCCGACGGUGUACGAAGACAUGAGUGGCAAGCAGCGAUACUCUUACCAAUAUACUGUAGCAAAUAAGGAGUACGUAGCCUACAGUCACACUGGCCGCAUUAUCCCAGCUAUCUGGUUUCGUUAUGAUUUGAGCCCCAUCACAGUGAAAUACACAGAGAGACGACAGCCUUUGUAUAGGUUUAUCACAUCGAUAUGUGCCAUCAUUGGAGGAACAUUUACUGUAGCUGGGAUCCUCGACUCCUGCAUUUUCACGGCAUCAGAGGCCUGGAAGAAGAUCCAGCUGGGGAAAAUGCAGUAGCAGUGAAACUCUGCCCUAGUCUCCAAGGAUAGGAGCAAAGAUUGAGAAAUCUGCCACUACCUGUUUUUGUCUUUAUUUUCUAUUUGAUUGAAUCAGUAAGUUUUUCUCUGAUCAGACUGUUCAGUGAAGACCUCUUCAACAAAUCAAAGAAAUCUCCAUGCAUUUCAGAGCUCUGAGAGUGAAAAAUCAAUGGAAUCAGGGCAUGGAUUUUGAUUGUCUCCCCCCCACCCCCCCCAGGAAAGAGGUUGAAAUGCCAUAUACGAAAUACACCGUCAUCUAAGAUCUAAGUAAGGAUGACAGUCUGUUCUCUGGGAGGUUCCUAUGGCAGUGUACAAACUAAGUAGUAGAUUGAAAAGAGUUGAGCUGUCUUGUGGCACUUUUUGGAAUUCUGUUGGAUUUGCAUGAUUAGACAAUCGACUUUUGUAUAAGGCAAAAAUUAUACAUUAGGAAGAAAUUCCACCUGUGCUGCCAAAAAGGUGAUGAUGUAUCUGUUGGUGAGGAAUGGAAAAUGUUAGUCCCCAUAGCAAACUUUAGAGACAGAGAGCAGAAAUAACAUCAAGAAACGUUUUGUGCUUUUAUUGAAAGCUCUUUUGUUCAGAUAUGACCUUUCUAAUGAAAUGAGCAAACAAGAAGAGGAAGCCUUCCCCCAGCUACCUUUUCCUGGGUAAUCUGUGAUCCAGGCAGUGGAAGGCUUUUCUUUUACUCUGAAUGUAAAAGUGGUUUCAUUUCUUCCCAGAAACUGAAUAUCCAGUCUUGUGUUUACAGGUGGCAUGAAGUAAAAAAACCAAACUGAGCAACACAGUUUUAUGUGGCCUUUGCUUUGAAAGGGAAUAGUUGUCUUUACAGCAUUAGCUUUUAUUCUUCCGUAUGUUUUUUAAACACAGACCACCCAACACUCUGGAUUCUGCACUUCUGCUUUAUUAUUUUUGUUGUUCUUGUUAUUUUGGGAAAGGGUUGUAUAUUCUUUGUGUUCAGAAAAAUGGUGCAGUCUUCCCGGUGGAUAAGCACAGCUUACUGUCUUGCUUCAUGUGUGCAUAUUGAAUACACCUGUCAAACACAGAAGUCUGUCUUUUCAGGGUUUAAGGUGCCUCCCUCUACCUUUAAAAUCCAGUCAGGCAUCUUUUCUGAGCCCUAGACUGACACUGUUCACCUACAGGUACACUGGUAGCAGGGCAGGCAUUGCCACAAUCUGGCACCUGCUAGAAGUUGUUUUGUUUUAUUCCUUAAAAUGGUACCUGAGCUUCCAUGCCCAUUCAUUCAAGCCUUGUCUUCUGGUGCCUCUAAUAAAUGGAGGGAAAGCUACUGGCAGGUAUGGCUUGCAUGUAAUGGUAGACAUGAGUUCACUAAAAUUAGACCAAUACCCGCCAGCGCGUUUUCCAUAGCUUCCUAAAUGUUCCUUGAGUAGUAACAGUCUCCGCAUGCUUUGUAAAUGUCUGAGCUGAGGAUAACUAAAUUUUAAGUGUUCCAGGAUGGAUAAAAACCAUAAAGUAAAUCUUCUACUCAAUCAAUGCUGUAAAUUCUGUGAUGGGUGCAGGAUUUCUCUUGGAUAGUAUCUACUGCCCGCUGCCCUUUCCUGGAGGCAGAAGCAGGCAAGCAUUAUACUGUAAUAAUAUGAAUCUUUGAAUAUUCAGUGUUAAUGAUAGAGUCAAAUGCAUUUCAAAAGUAUUCCUAAUACAUGUCUGUUGGAAUUGUCUCUUUGCUUUGGAAGUAGGGAAGGUAGCCAGUUUAUCCACAUGCCAAAAAGAAGAAGCCAACCACAGUCCCCCGCUGUCCUCCGCCCUGUAGUGACUUUGGACAAAUUACAGCAUUGGAAUUUUUCCCUGUUCUUAUUAUGGACUGAUUGCUAUUGCUUUAGCUGUAAACUGGAUUGUGUAACUUCCUGUAUCUGUUAAUGUAUGGAUAGAUUUUAUACAUUUUUUUCCAUUUACAAAAAUCAACUUGAAAAUGA